AUGUGGGUCCGGGACUCUCUGGAAGACGAACUAAAUAUACAUUCGGCAGCCAAUGGAGAUUCGACAUUAAACAGCGAGGUUGAUCUAAUGGGGUCAGCCGUUCAUCCUUUAAAAAAUAGGCGCAUUGAUCAAGAUCCCGGCUCUUACAGCAUUACUGUUUUGAAAUUAGAAGAAGAGGAAGGAGAAGAAGAAAAAGAAUAUGAAUAUGAAUAUGAUCGGGAGGUAGCUAAGGCUAGCGCAAUCCGGAAGGUCGGUUUGAAAAAAAAGUUGAGUAGGUAUAGGUAUUUAGAGAACUGCACAAACUGCGAAGGAGGUGUGUAUUGUUCCAGCGCUGGUCUGACCUCCCCUACUGGCAAUUGUUCUGAACGAUACUACUGUAUGAGCAACGCCAUUAGUCGCAGCCCUACAGAUGGUGUGACUGGCGAUGUUUGCCCUAUAGGUCACUACUGUCCCACGGGCACUGGACCUUCCCCAUUGCCAUGUGAAUCAGGGAGAUUUGUGGCCAUCACUGCCCAGUCCACCUGUUAUGACUGUACAGCUGGCCAUUACUGCACUGAUGGCAUCAAUGAGGUGGACUGUCCUCAAGGCUACUACUGUCCCACAGGCACUGGUGCAGUCUGGCAACGAUGCCCCACAGGCACUUAUGGUUCUUCCACUGGUUUUAGCACUGAAAGCCAGUGUACAACAUGUCCAGGUGGCCAGUACUGUGAAACAACAAACCUGACUACUCCUAGCGGACCAUGCGCUGCUGGGUACUUCUGUAACUCAGGCUCUGACAGUGCCACACCCUCCAAUGCCACAGCUGGUGAUGCAGGCCCCUGCCCCGUGGGUCACUACUGCGAAGAGGGCACCCAGACACCCACACCAUGCCCUAUUGGAACUUUCAGCAAUCAGACCCUGUUAACAGCAGCAGCAGAGUGUACCAACUGCACACCAGGCUACUUCUGUGACACCACUGGUCUAACAGAGCCAGUUGGAUUGUGUAGCGAAGGCUUCUACUGCCUGGGAGGCCACGCAGGCUCACCUCCAGUGGCUGACAGCACAGGAGGCCCGUGCCCAGUGGGGAAAUACUGCACUAACGGCACAAGCACCCCACCUGACUGUCCUGCUGGCACAUUCCAAAGUAUAGAACAACAAUCAACUUGUGAUCCAUGUCCAGCUGGCUACUACUGUGUUGCUGGAAGCUCCAGUAAUGCUGAUUGCCCAGCAGGUUACUAUUGUCCACAAGGCACUGAAUUUGCUCAUCAGUACCCCUGUCCUAAUGGAACCUAUUUUGGCUUUACGAGCCAAAGUGAUGAUGCAUGCGUGAUCUGUCCGGCUGGUCAGUAUUGUCCAUUCCAGGGCCAGUCUGCCACUGCAGGGCCAUGUGCAGGAGGAUGGUACUGCACUUUGGGAUCCUGGACCGACAAGCCCAGUACCCUUGGUAAUGACACGGGCUCUGAAUGCCACUGCCCUGCCCAGAGCAUCGGGGGAAAGUGUGUGGCUGGAGAGUUUUGUCCGGUAGGAUCAUCUGUGCAGACUGCGUGCACAGGAGGCUACUACUGUGGGACAGAUGAGCUGGAUGCUGUCACUGGCCCCUGUAUGGCAGGAUACUACUGCAGUUCUGGAUCAACCAUGCCAAAUCCUGUGAAUGAAACCUUUGGUGACAUCUGCCCCAAGGGUAACUAUUGUCCAGAGGCCAGUCAGGCUGCAAUACCUUGUCCAGAGGGAACCUUCAGCAAUGCCUAUGCCAAUGAGAAUCUAACCAACUGUCUGCCAUGUACCGCUGGAAUGUACUGUGCUGGAACAGGAAGGGACCUGCCCAAUGGGAACUGCACAGAGGGAUGGUUCUGUCCCCAGGAGAGCACCCAGCCCCAGCCAACUGGCAACGAAUGUCUGGCUGGUCAUGAGUGCCCAGAGGGCAGUGGUGCAGAGACCCCCUGUCAGUCAGGAUACUACCAGCCUGAUGUUGGCCAGGGAUCGUGUUUCAUCUGCCCGGUUGGCUCCUACUGCGACCAAAAUGAAGCCAUUGCAGAAGAGCAGAGUGGUGUUGGUGAGGCAUCCCAUGGAGUGGUCACCCCAAAGACAUGUCCAGCAGGCUACUACUGCCCUGCUGGCACAGAGACUGCCAUGGCCAACCCCUGUCCUAUUGGUACCUACAGCAAUACCACAGGCUUGGCAAAUGAGAGCCAAUGCAUUCUGUGUGAUCCAGGCUACUACUGUGACAACCCAAACAUGCUCGCUCCAGCGGGACCAUGUAACCCAGGAUAUUACUGCACACUGGCUGCGUUUGAGCCCAACCCUACAGUGAAUGGUAGUGAGUGUGUGCAGGGGGAAUACUGCGUUGAAGGCUCUCCUUACCCAGUUGACUGUCCUAAGGGGAUGUAUGGGUCCGCACCGCAGCUGACUGCCUUGAGUGACUGCACCUUCUGCCCCCCAGGGCAGUACUGUGACUCCCCAGGAUUGACAGCACCCUCAGGCAACUGUCUGGCAGGAUACUACUGCAGCAAUGCCUCAGAAGAAGCAGCUCCAGUGGGCACAGUGUAUGGAGACAUCUGCCCUGCUGGGUUCUUCUGUGAGGAGGCCAGCCACCAGCCAAAAGCCUGUGAUGCCGGUACAUACCAGCCAUUUCAGGGCCGCACCAACAUCUCGGCAUGCCUUGACUGUGAUCCAGGCAGCUACUGUAAUGCUACUGGCCAGGCCUCAGUCACUGGAGAUUGUCUUGCAGGCUACUUCUGUACUCUGGGCUCAACCAACAUGGCUCCAACAGAUGGAGUUAUGGGCGAUAUCUGCCCUGCAGGCUCUUACUGUCCCCUUGGCACCCCUAACCACAUCUUCUGCCCAAAUGGCACUUACACUAACCACACAGGCGCAGCAGCUUGCUACAUCUGCCCUGCUGGAUCAUAUUGCACAAACAGAGACAGUGCGGAGGCCUGCCCCAUGGGUCACUAUUGCCCCGAGGGUACUGGUGCUGACAAGAUCCCUUGCCCUGCUGGAACCUAUAAUCCUGUUGAAUCCAUCACCCAGCAGUCUGAGUGCACACAGUGUGAUGGUGGGAAAUACUGCCAGCUGCCAGGAAUGGACAACUACACUGACAUCUGUGAUGCAGGAUACUACUGUACUCAAGGUGUGGACACCCCAUCGCCAAAUUCUGUUAACAACACCGGUGUGGGGGCAAAGUGUCCUGUAGGCUAUUACUGUCCAGCAGGCUCAGCUCUGCCUUUGCCCUGCUCUGCUGGAACAUACAGUGAUGCUGAAGGUUCAGCCACAUGCCAGACAUGUCCAGCUGGCUACUACUGCAUGGAGAACACUACCUCAUACAGCCUGUAUCCAUGUCCAGCUGGCUACUAUUGCCCUGCAGGCACCACCCAUGAUACACAGUUCCCCUGUACAAAAGGCUACUACAACCCAACCAAUAUCAUGGAUGACGUGAAUGACUGUCUUGAGUGCCCCCCUGGCUUAUACUGUGAAACUGAUGGCCUGGAAGCGCCAACAGGUAACUGCACGGCAGGCUGGUACUGCACAGGAAUGUCAUACCAGACAAUGCCGGUGGAUGAGGUGAAUGCCACAGACCCGGCGAUGUGUUCAUGCCCCUCCGCUAACUACACAGGCGGUGAGUGCUGGCCAGGAACAUACUGUCCUGCAGGAGCUAACUACCCGGUCCAGUGUGAUGGGGGAUCCUACUGCAGCCAGAAUGGACUCUCUGCACCAGAAGGACUGUGUGAUGCAGGUUACUACUGUGUUGGUGGGGCCACCUCCCCUAAUGGCACAGAAUGUACAGCAAACCACUACUGUCCCCAGGGCUCCACCACCCCCACCCCCUGUCCUCCUGGCUCCUUUUCGUUUGCCACUGGUAACAUUGCCCUUGACAACUGUGAGCAAUGCACACCAGGCUUCUACUGCUCCAGCUCUGGAAUAUCUGGCCCCUGUGCUGUUGGUUUCUACUGUCCUGCUGGUCAGGCAUCAGCCACCCCAGCAAACUACACGUGCCCAGCAGGCUUCUACUGCACAGGCGGUCUUGGCACCCCUACAGAGUGUCUGGCUGGCAUGUACCAGGAUGAGAUUGGCCAAUCAGAGUGCAAGGAAUGCCCCAUUGGAAGAUAUUGUGACCCGGUGGAGGAAACAGCCAACCUCGGGUUUGCUACAGGUGUGGUCACCCCAAUGGCCUGCCCAACUGGUUACUACUGCCUGGUGAACACCACAUCUGCGGGUGACUACCCCUGUCCCACGGGCACAUUUAACAACCAGACAGCCAUCCAGGCAGACUCAGAGUGCACACCAUGUACUGGAGGAUUCUACUGUGACUCACCUGGACUAUCUGAACCACAAGGGCCAUGCAAUGAGGGAUUUGUGUGCGUUUCUGGCUCUGACACUCCAUCACCCACCAGUGUUGUUGGCUAUGUGUGUCCUGCAGGCUCGUAUUGCCCUGCACAGUCAGCUGUGGAGACGCCCUGCCCCGCAGGAACCUUCUCAAACACCACAGGACUCCACAAUGUCUCCUCAUGUGAACAGUGUACACCUGGAUACUUCUGUGCUGCUGAUGGUUUGACAGAGCCUUCCGGACCUUGUGAUGCUGGCUUCUACUGCUCUGGUGGAGCCAUUUUGCAGAACCCGUCUGCCCUGGCAUAUGGUGACACAUGUCCCACAGGCCACUACUGCCCCUCUGGUACGGGAUCCCCGGAACCCUGUCCCGCAGGCACCUAUCUGACCACGACUGGGGGCCAAAAUGUCACUGAUUGUGCUGACUGCCCCCCAGGACGCUUCUGUGCCUCCACUGGGCUUAGCAACUAUACUGGCGAGUGCCAGGCUGGCUACUACUGUAUGGCAAUGGCUAACACUAGUACACCCACAGAUGGGUUGACUGGAGACAUCUGCCCCGCAGGAAACUUCUGCCCCACCGGCAGCAAUGCACCAACACCCUGUGCUGACGGCACAUUUAUGAACCAGACAGGAGCAUCAGUAUGUGACGAGUGCCUACCUCGCUACUUCUGUGUGAACCAAGACCGCCUUGAUGAGUGUCCAAACGGAGCAUACUGUCCCGGUGCCAAUGGCUACAACUACUCUCUCUGCCCGGCAGGCACUUUCAACAAUGUAACUAUGCUGGAACAGGAGUCUGAGUGCACCCAGUGUAUUGGUGGGUCAUACUGCGCUACCCCCGGACUGGCCACACCCACAGGACUGUGUGCUCCAGGAUACUUCUGUACGAUUGGGGUUGACACUGUCGCUCCAGAAAACAACAACACUGGGACUGGAGGUCCAUGCCCAGUCGGUCACUACUGUCCAGAGGGUACAACAUCGUCAAUCCCCUGCCCCUCAGGCACCUAUGGGGAUGAGGAACGACUCCCAAUCUGUAAGACCUGCCCUGCUGGCUACUACUGCCUUCAGGGGAUCAACUAUGCCAGCACACCUUGUCCUAAAGGCUCCUACUGUCCAGCUGGUACGGAAUAUGCCAACCAGUAUCUUUGCCCCAUGGGCACAUACAACAACAACACCAACGCCGAUGACAUCUUUGACUGCAAGUCAUGUACAGCUGGGAAGUACUGUGACCUGGAUGGUCUGUCGGAGCCAGUGGAUGACUGCACAGCAGGCUGGUAUUGUUCAGGCGGUGCAUUCAGUGACAAGCCAGUCGUGUUUGACAACUCUUCACUAGACUUCUCAAUCAACAUGUCGUGUCCCACCUACCUGACCAACUUCACUGGAGGGCCAUGUGCACCAGGCACAUACUGCCCAACUGGCAGUUCAAGCCCAGUCCCCUGUCCCCUUGGUCAGUACUGUGACACGGACAACCUUGAGUCCCCAACAGGCAACUGCAGUGGGGGCUCCUUCUGUAAUGGUAGUGAGUCUGUGCCAAACCCACAGGACUGCAGUCUGGGACACUACUGCCCAUCCGGAACAACCUAUGAGAUUCCUUGUUCCAUUGGAACAUUCAACAAUGCAACAGGUGGAGCCAGCUUAUCAGACUGCCUUGAGUGUACCCCUGGCUACUACUGUCAGUCCACUGGCUUGUAUGAGCCAACCGGUCUGUGCAGUGUUGGGUAUUUCUGCCCUGGAGGACAGUCCACCCCCAUGCCAUCUGAAUAUGCCUGCAGUCCUGGCCAUUUCUGCUACGAGGGAAGUCACAAUGAGACCGGCUGCCCAUCUGGAAACUACCAGCCCCACUGGGCUCAGGGUAACUGUGACCCCUGUCCUGCGGGCUCAUACUGCAAGGCAUUUGGAGAUUAUGAGAACCUUGAUGAUGAGAAUGUGACCACCAGUGGGAAUUACUCCGGUCGUUACCGUAGCUACCGGGGUGUUGAUGUGCCAACACCCUGUCCAAGCGGGGCUUACUGCCCGACCAGCACCACAGAUGCCAUGGAGUUCCUGUGUCCUGCAGGCACUUACAGCAACAUGACAUCACUUUGGAGCAACACCCAGUGCACAUCAUGUGAACCUGGCACUUUCUGCAAUGGUGAAGGCAACAUAGAGCCAUCAGGACCUUGCUCUCCAGGAUAUUUCUGCACCUUGGGAGCAUACAACUCCACCCCAACAGACGGGACCACAGGCAACAUUUGUCCACUGGGCAAGUAUUGUGAGAGUGGGAGUGUGACGGGCAUUGGUUGCCCAGUUGGCACAUACAGCAAUGUGACGGGGCUCCAGGCAAGCUCCGAAUGUACCGACUGCACACCAGGCUUCUACUGUGGAAGUACAGGUCUUACAACAGAGUCUGCCUCAUGCUGGGCAGGUUUCUACUGCACUGUGCGAGGUGAGACACCCAACCCAGUCUCCCAAACAUACGGAGAUUUAUGUACAGAGGGCCACUAUUGUCCUAACGGUACACACACCCCCACUGACUGUCCUGCUGGAACUUUCCUCAACACCACAGGGGCUGGAGAUGUCACAGAUUGUACUGCUUGCUAUGCUGGCUACUUCUGUGGGAGUGCGGGUCUCACCUAUCCAACGGGCCUCUGUGACGCGGGCUACUAUUGUACUCUGACUGCCAACACAAGCUCCCCUGUUGAUGGGGUGACAGGUGACAUCUGCCCGGAGGGCUUCUACUGCCCCUUGGGUUCAGGGGCCCCCUCUGCCUGCCCCAAUGGAACUUACAUGAACACAACAGGGGCUAGUACCUGUACCAUCUGUCCACCAGGCUUCUACUGCGUUAACAGGGACAGAGCUGAUAUAUGUCCACAGGGUAACUACUGCCCUGAGGGUACUGGCGCUGACAUUCAACUGUGUCCAGCAGGAACAUACGGGGCCACAGAUCAGCUCUCUGAUAUAUCACAGUGCACGGACUGCACAGGUGGUUAUUACUGCUCCACGCCUGGAAGCACCAGCCCUAAUGGCCCAUGUGACCCUGGUUACUAUUGCACCCUGGGAGUAAAUGUUGCAGCCCCUGUGUCGGGCAGUAGCUACACCGGUACUGGAGACAUAUGCCCUGUUGGUCACUACUGUCCACUAAACUCCACUGUGUCCACCCAGUGCCCAGCUGGCACAUACGCUGGCAGUACAGGUCAAUCGGUGUGUGAUCUCUGUCCGGCUGGCUACUACUGUAUGGCUGGAGCAAAUGAUUACCUCACUAAGAGCUGUCCAGUUGGCCGCUACUGUCCUGAGGGCACAGAGCAUAGUGAACAGUACCCGUGCCCAGCUGGAACAUACAAUCCCAACACAAACGCGGUCAAUGACUCUGCCUGUGUGUAUUGUGACCCAGGAUCGUUUUGCAAUUCCCCUGGCCAGAGUGCUGUUACAGCCUCGUGCUCCCCUGGCUGGUUCUGUUCUGGCGGUGCCACCUCACCAACACCUACUCCAGUCGGUAACUUUAGCUCUGUGGACCUAUGUAUGUGCCCUGACCAGAACUUCACGGGGGGCCGGUGUCAGCCAGGCACUUACUGCCCCUUUGGUUCUGAGGCCCCAACAGAAUGUGAUGCUGGCCAGUACUGUGAAACUUAUGAACUGUCCACACCAACAGGUGACUGUAGUGCUGGCUACUAUUGCCCUGGAGGAGACUCAGAGCCGAGUCCGGCCAGCACAAUCUGCACGGUUGGGCACUACUGUCUCACAGGCUCGCCCGCCCCAACACCCUGCCCUGCUGGAACAUAUUCCAACUCCCUUGGCCUUACACAGGAGUCUGACUGUCAGAACUGCACUGCUGGUUAUUACUGUGUUUCCCCCGGGCUAACCAAUGUGACAGGUCCGUGCAAGGAGGGCUUCUACUGUCCAGGUGGACAGGCUGUGGAGGACCCCAGUGAAUACCCUUGUCCCCAGGGAACGUACUGUCCCACGGGAACAGCUGUCCCUAUUAUGUGCGCACGGGGAGAAUACCAGGACACAACCGGAGAAUCAACCUGCAAGAUCUGCCCAUCACGAUACUACUGUGAUCCAUUUGAGUACUCGGUUGGAUCUAACGAUACUGGCAUCAUAGUACCUCUGGACUGUCCAGCUGGGUACUACUGCCCAACAGGAACAGGGGGAAAGAAUACCUAUCCAUGCCCCUCUGGAACAUAUAGUAGCGCCCUCAACUAUGAAGCUCCAAAUGAGUGUACAUCCUGCCUACCAACCAAGUACUGUCAGACAGAGGGGCUCACUUCCCCGGAGGGUGAUUGCGCAGCAGGAUACAUGUGCAUCAAUGGGGCUGCCUCCCCUACCCCAACUGAUGGAACCACUGGCGACAUCUGUCCAGAGGGACAGUACUGCCCAGAGGGAACAUUCAUACCAACCAACUGUCCAAUCGGCACAUACAGCAACCUGACAGGUCUGACCAACCACACAGAGUGCCUGCCCUGUGUACCUGGCUGGUACUGCCCGACAGAGGGGCUUGUCCAGCCACAGGCAGAGUGCACCGCCGGCCAUUACUGUGAGCUGGGCUCCAUCGAGGCCGCCCCUGUGAGCCAGACAUAUGGGUAUCUGUGUCCUGUUGGCCACUACUGUGAGCAGGGAACUGCAGUACCUACCCCCUGCCCUCGUGGCACAUAUCAGUCUCAGGAAGGCAAGCAAUUGCUAUCUGACUGCGUGGAUUGUCCGGCAGGCCAGUAUUGUUACCUGGCCGGUAAUGACUCCAUCACUGGAGACUGUGAUCCUGGAUACUACUGUACACUUAAUGCGCAAGAGAGCAACCCUACUGAUGGUGUGACAGGUGAUGUGUGCCCGAUCGGCUCCUACUGCCCCCAGGGUUCCACAGCCCCGAUCACAUGCACACCAGGUUCUUACACAAAUGCUACGGGUCAGGCGACAUGUGCCGUGUGCCCCACUGGCUUUGAGUGUACAGGUGGUUCCACGGUGGAUCCUUGCCCACAGGGACAGUACUGCCCAGAGGGAACUGGUCUUGCCACACAACCAUGCCCUAUUGGUACAUACGGACACACAACUGGUCUCGGGAACUACACAGAUUGUACAGACUGUACGUCGGGCAUGUACUGUGACACCACCGGUCUCACUGCGCCCGCCGGAAACUGCACUUCAGGACAUUACUGCUAUCUUGGUGUGAGCCUUAGCGUCCCUGUGGUGUCAACAGGGUUACACACAGGUACAGGUGAUGUGUGUCCUGCUGGAGCCGAAUGCCCCGACAACUCUGGCUACUUCAGCUAUUGUGAGCCUGGAACAUAUGCCCCAAACACUGGAUAUGCCCAGUGUCUGCCCUGCCCACAAGGUUUCUACUGUGAGAAUGCGACGGUCACCCCUCUGACCUGCCCAACUGGUCACUACUGCCCUGAAAACACGACAAUGGCCACUGAGUUCCCAUGCCCUGCUGGCACAUACAACAAUGUCACUGGUUCGACUGAUGUCAGUGACUGUAUAGACUGUCCUCCUGGCUACUAUUGCGAGGGAACUGGUAAUGUUGUUCCUGAUGGGGAAUGUGACAAUGGUUUCUGGUGUGCCGGAGCGGCUUUCAGCGCUAAACCAUAUGAUCUAGGUGCUGCUGUCGGUGGAACUUCUGCUGGAUUAUACUCGAAUGACACUUGUGCACCAACAUGGGACUGUGUAUGCCCAGACUUCCUCUUGUCUACUGGUGGAAUCUGCCCCAUGGGCUACUACUGUCCCCAGGGUUCGUCCAAGCCCACCGCCUGUGACGCGGGCAUGUACUGUGAAACACCAGGCCUUCCACUGCCUACUGGCAACUGUUCAGCUGGCUGGUACUGCAACAACGCGAGUGCCACACCCACCCAGAUACCGUGUCCAGUGGGUCACUACUGUCUCGAGGGCAUGCAGCCAAUCCAGUGCCCUGCUGGAACAUUCUCCAACCAGGAAUACAACCAGCAGGAGUCUGAUUGCCAGAACUGCACAGCUGGAUAUUACUGUAAUGGUACAGGCUUGACAGCGGAGGUUGGAGAGUGUGCCCCUGGUUACUACUGCCCUGGUGGCCAGGAUUCCCUGACUCCCAUGGGAUUGGAGUGUUGGCCAGGCCACUACUGUGAGCAGGGUUCCCCCAUCCCUGUGUUCUGCCCCAAUGGUACAUUCCAGCCCAGCUCCGCCCAGUCCACCUGCCUCACCUGCGACCCUGGAUUUUACUGUAACCUUGCUGCAGGAGGUGGCACCACUUGUGAUGGUGUGGCCAUCACGACCCCAGCCAACUGUACAAUGGGAUACUAUUGUCCGGCCGGCAGCAGCCUGCCAACACCAUGUCCUGUGGGCACAUACGGUGACGCCCUGAACAAUGAUGUAGUGUCUGAUUGUGUGGACUGCACGCCGGGCAUGUACUGUGAGGUGGAAGGCCUCACCACCCCCACGGCUAACUGUAGCCCGGGCCACUACUGCACAGGGUCUGCCGAGGUCGCACAACCCAUUGACCACCUUGUGGACCACAGUGACAACACUAGUUUCACUGGCAAUGACAUUUGUCCAAUUGGGUACUACUGUCUCGAGGGAAGUGACUACCCGCUGCCCUGCCCUAUAGGCACGUUUUCACGCAGUACAGGUGUGACCAACGUCACCCAAUGUCUUGACUGCCUGCCUGGCCACUACUGUAACGUCCAGGCCAAUGUGAAGAACUCAACCAUGCCCAUCUGUGAUCCUGGGUAUGUGUGUCUGGAAGGCAGCACCACCCCUACCCCAACGGACGGCAUGACAGGCUACAUCUGCCCAACUGGGUUCUUCUGUGAGGCAGGCACAACCCAGGAGGAGGCGUGCCCCCCAGGAACAUACCAGGCAUCAUAUGGUCAGGACAACUGCACCAUCUGCCCUGCUGGGUACAUGUGUCUCCUCAGUAAUAUGUCCGCACCCGAUGUAUGCAUGACUGGUCAUUAUUGCGUAUUCGGGGAUCCAAACCCUGUGCCAUGCCCGGCCGGGACGUACAACAACGCAACAGGCCAGGACGAGGUCACAGACUGUAUGGACUGCACAGUGGGCCAGUACUGUGAGGGCACUGGAAACACACUUCCAGAUGGUGACUGUUCAGCUGGGUACUUCUGCCAGGGAGGAGCCAACCAGAGCACGCCCUCACCCUCAGCAGCCUACCCAUUAAAUGAUGUGUGCCCCACCGGCCAUUAUUGUCCCAAUGGAACAGUGAUGAUAGAGAUGUGCCCAAGUGGAACUUUCCGGGCUGUCACAACUGGGAAGACUGUUGAUGACUGCCAGCCAUGUACAGGAGGCUACUACUGUGCUAUUGACGGGCUCUCCGCCCCAACAGGGAAUUGCAGUGCUGGAUACUACUGCCCUGACAACGAAACCAUCACCACACCCACACCUACAGGUUUUGAGUGUCCCGUUGGCUACUACUGUCUGGAGGGUUCUGCGGCCCCCACCCCGUGUCAGGCGGGCUACUUCUCCACGACCACAGGAAGCUCCCUCUGUGACCCCUGCCCUGCUGGCUAUUAUUGUACUAGUGGUGUGACCGCUGACCAGAUCAUCUGCCCACCAUAUCACUACUGUCCACAGGGCACACUGGUACCCAACAUCUGCCCCAAUGGUACAUACACCUUGGACAACACCACAGGGCUCCAGGAGGCCCCUGAAUGCCUCCCUUGUGAGACAUCAUACUACUGCCGCAGUGGCCAACUCUCCAACCUGUGCGUGGCUGGAUACUUCUGUCUGUCAGGGGCAAAGUCUGACAUGCCAACCAACACAACAGACUUUGAUGCAUGUGGGGCAUACGACGAAUGUGCAGGCCAGUGUCCCACGGGUCACUACUGCCUUGAGGGCACCAUCAUCCCCACCCCAUGUCCUGAGACUGAGUACAGACCAGACGUUGGUGGAGCACAGUUGUCAGACUGCGAAUUGUGCCCUGGCGGAUUCAUGUGUGAUAAUGGAACCUCUGUGCCUGAUCCUUGUAUUGCUGGUCACUACUGUCCCAACGGCACAGGUGUUGUUGCUGUCCCUUGCCCUGUGAACACGUACCUCAACCUUACAGGUGCCGAUGUGGUGGAGGACUGCCUCCCUUGUGAGAAGGGUUACAUCUGUAACCUAACCGGUAUGACAGACUACAAACUGUACCCAUGCCCAACCGGGUUCUACUGUUACCCAGGAGAGGACCCUCACCUGUGUCCUGCUGGCCGAAUGAGAAAUGAGACGGGGGCGGGUGACCCAGAUGAAUGCCCCCUGUGUCGACCGGGCUUCUACUGUCCAAAUGACACCAUCAACCUCCAUGGCAUACCCUGUGACCCAGGCACCUACUGUCCAGAAGGAUCAGCCAUCCCACUGGCCUGUCCACCAGGCUAUUACUGUGAAGGGGAAACAGGAACACCUCCCAUCUGUCCCCCAGGAUAUUACUGUUCAGGCAGCACAAUCACCCCAGUACUCUGUGAAAAACCAUUCUACUGCCCUGAGGGUAGCAAUAUGACACUGGCCUGCCCGCUAGGAUAUCAAGCACAGGAUCAUGAUGGUUUAAGAUAUGACGAUAAUGAGUCUUGCAGGAUCUGUCCAAAUGGAACAUAUGGUAACUACACAGACCGCUCCAUCUGUGAGUCAUGCCCAGCAGGUUACUACUGUCCAGCAGGCACUGGGCACGGUGACUCUAAUGAAUGUUGGAUUGGAACAUACUGUCCCACAGGUUCACACGAGGCCACUUCCUGCCCUAGAGGAACUUACGGCACUCGUUCUCGUGCUGAGUCUGCAUCUGACUGUACUGCCUGUGCAGCCAACACGUACAGUAACUCUGACUUUGCCACAAAGUGUCACCCAUGUGGCGGGUCAUCAGAGUCGGCUGCAGGUUCCACAGAAUGCAACUGCAAGGGCAAAUAUCGUACUUUCCAGACGUCUUUCAAGGCAUGUGUGUGUCUGGCAGGCUAUGUGUACUAUGAUGAGCUGGACAACAAGAAGUCAGAGCAAGACGGUGAUGAAGACUGCCAGCUGAUCUCCGACGAGCGUUGCUCUACCAACCAGGUUCGUCAUGCAAGCAGCAGGAAAUGUGUUGACCCAGACUCCUUUGACUGCUCUGGGUUUGGAGGAUGCAGUUCUGCAUCUUAUAACAGAGACCAAGCACGGUGCUUCUGUGACAGCUACAUAUCAGAGACGUCGAUCUGUGAUGCCACAUGUGAGGCAACAACACAGCCCACGAUAUCUGGAGGCCUCCAGGCCAACGGCACUUUUGCUCUCACUGUGUAUGACCCUGUCACUGGCACAAGCACAGCACAGAUUUUGGAGAACACAUUUGGACCGUCGGAGGGUUUCGAGGGCAUUACAAGCCCGACCAUUCUGGUAGUGGCUUUUUGGGGUCAAGAGGUGACAGGGACCGUGUACGCCACCGCUGCUGAUGCUGAAGAUAUAUACUUGACCCUUGCUGAGAUGUCAGACCAGGCUCAAGGCUUGAGAAGGCGUCGUCUGCUCGCCCUAACCGUUCCCAGCAACCAGAUCCCCAACCCGAUCAUGUGUGUGGAGUCCGGGGAACUGGUCAUAUUCAAGAUCAAUGUAAACGACACAGACAGGAGCAUGAGCAACUACCCCAAGUACAACAAGGACCACCUUUUUAGCACCAACCCCUCAUUUGACUUUGGGGCCUUCACAGCCCUACAGUACCAAGUGGAGAACACCAACGCAAAUAUCACCAACUUUGCUCACGUUUUUAUUGAAGGAGGAAACUACGUCUUCUACGAUUCGCAAGAUGCAUCACUUGAGGUGCUUAUCAGAGUGGAGCCUGCUGGAUCAGCCUGUUCAUCAAGCUCUAGGGUUAAACCAGCCUCACCCGACAACCUGAUAGCCCAGGGCUUCUCAACACAGGCAGUUGAGAACCAGGCCCCAGACUGGAGCCUCAUCAUUGGAAUGAUUGCAUUCUUUGCGACAUUGUGCCUAUUGCUGGUGCUGGCCAUCAUCAUCUGGCUGCCGAAGCAUGCAGGAAUCCAUCCUAUGUUGCACUGGGCACCCAAAUACCGCAGCCUUGGCAAGCCCCCGCCCGUCCCACACUACCUAAGAUACGAUCCUGACCACUGGCCAGACAAACCCAUAGAGUCUGAUGUCAAGGAGAGCCUAGGACCACGAGUGACAGGAGACGGAGCUGAUGCCGACCUCCAUGCUGCACCAAACUUUGGAGGUGGAAUCAAGGCAUCCGAAAAGGAUCUGGAGGACUUCAACGUGCGUGUGCUAUAUGACAAGCUAGAGGACCAGAACCUGCACCUCGCUGCCCAACUGGCCCGCCAGCAGGAAGACCUUCGCAGCUUCUACAAUAAGAUCCAGCAGCAGAAUGAGGGCCUCCGUGACCUCCUUAUGAACAUGGACCCAGCUAAGCUAGAGGAGCUAGAGCGGCGCCUGGAUGAACGCAAGGCUGCCCGCAUACAGCAGGGGCUGCAGGGCUCAUCAUCGGAAGGUGGACCAACCAUUGUUAACGCAGCCAUCAGCAUGGCAGGAAACAAGCGCAAAUUUGCUGGUGCAGGAGCUGGAGGCCGGGAGGAGGAGCUGAUGAUGGCCCUGCAGAUGCUGCUAGACCGCCUCAACUCUGGCCAGGUGCCCAUCUCACAGUCCAUGUACGAGCAACUACGCAAGGACAAUGGCUCUGAUGGUACCCCAAACACCUCUGACACUACCGUCAACUUCACAGGAUCACAGGGAGGUAACCAGUUGAGUCGAGCCUUUGCUGAACUUCUGCGUCGUCAGAAUGGUGAACGUCUGCGUCUGGAGCGUGAUCUGUUGAAGGAAGAACAGGAAGCACUGGGUCAGCUUGUUGAAGAGGAGGAAAAUCGGCGCCGGCAUGUCACUGAUGGACUCACUGAUGACCUCUCCUCAAACCUGCAUGGUGCAGACAAUGCAGCCAAGAUAGCUGAAAUCAUGAGUCGUUAUGGCAAAAACCUGGAUGACACAAUGAACAAGCACCAGAGUUCACGAGACCGACAGUCAGAGGAGUUACGUCGGAAACUGGCCAUGAGGCGACAGACCCGUGAACAUGCUCUCCGAGAUAAACAGAGGAAGGAGGCUGAAGAGAAUGGGUUACCUCCCUUGCCUGAGGCUGUUGAUGUGGCCGAUAUGAAGCUGCGUAUGUCAGAAAGCGUGCUGGACACGCUGGCUGGUGAGGAGGCUGCAGGAACGGCCCGACUCAACACUGACCUUAACAACAACCUUGGUGAUGAGGAGAGGCGCCAGAUGGGAGAGAAACUCCGUGAACAUCUAGAUCGUAUGGCACAGCAGGGUGUGUUGACCCCAGAGCUGAGGGACAAGCUUAUCCAACAGCACCAUGAGGCCGAGAAUAUGCUCCAGAAGACACACCUUGCACGCAAACAGCACCAGCUCAGAAACCUCCAGGACAAGAUGGCCCAGAGACGCAAGCGACGCUUCGAUAAGCUGAAGGAUGAGCAGGAGAAGUACAAGAAUGAGAUGUCAGCACGGCUGAUAGAGGAUGGUCACCAUGACAACCUUGAGCGGGAAAUGGCUGCUCUCCAGCGCCUGUUUGACCAGGAAAUGGCUGCUGCAGAGGCUGAAAUGGAUGCUGAGGAGGCAGAACACAUCAACAAACUGUCAAAGACCGUCAGUGAUGAACACACAACUGGUCUGCGCGAGAAGCAGCGGGACUUGUUGAAGGGUGUGAGUGAUGGGUGCCCAGCCUCAGAACAGGUGGCUUUACAGAGAUUAAUGGACACAUACCGCAAGGACGUCAACUCCAUGGAACAGAAUCUUGCUCUCGAGAAGGACCGUCAGCUUGAGGAUCUCCGGGCAAAGCUGCAGGCGAGACGGAACAGGCGUAUAAAUGAGAGCCAUCGUAAGCUUGAGGAGGACGAAGCCCAGAGAAUCAUCGCAGACCAGCGUCGCCAGAUGGCCCAAGAGGUGAACAAGGAAACAGGCCCGGAGGUUACUGUGGAUACCGGACUUGUCAGACAGCCCAAGGUCAACCUGGUGGAAUCCAUGGAAGAGAAGGCUCUUAAAAAAGAACAGGAUCGUGCCAAGGAUGACCUGAAAAGGCAGCAGAAGAAAGAGUUUGACAACCUGGCAGCCAAACUGGACUCAGAUGCCAGCAAGCAGGAGGAUAACAUCAAGAAGCAGCUCAGUGGGGAGCGAGAGAAAGUGCUUCGGGAACUCAAGAAUAAACAUGCUGCAGAGAUCGCUGCCCGUCCAGACCUUGGCCAAGACCAGAUCAAUAUGUUGAUGGCCCAACAUGAGAAAGAGCUUGAGGAGGUUGCUGACCGCCUGCAGAAGGAGAAAGAUCGUCAAGUGCUCGCGCUCCAUGAACGCCUUGCAAACAGACGCACACGGAAACUGGAGGACAUGCGGCGUCGCCAUGACGUGGACCGCUCCAAGGAGAUCCUGGAACAAAAACGUGAGCUGGGCGAGGUGCAACUGAAGAAGGCAAAGGAGGCGGAACGUGAGGCCAUCAAGGAGGGUAUCCGUGACAAUGGGGAGGAGGACAGUGAACGUGUCAUCAAGGCUGUCCUCGCACUGAGGCAAGCCCAGGAAAUGUCAGAUCUGGAAAAUCAGUUUGGAGGUCAGAAGCGUCUGAUGGUGGAUGAAGCUCUCAACAAACUCAACGAGAAGUAUGACAAGCUUCGUGAUGAUGCAAUGAGGAGGCAUGACCAGGAGCUCGCAGACCUGCAGAAACUUGGCCUGAGCCCUGAUGAGCUUGCUGCAAGACGCACAGAGCUGCUGAACAAACAUGCCCAGGAGUUGUCUGCUCUAGACCGCCAACAAGCCGCAGAGAAGGGUGACAUUGAGCGUGGGGCUCUCGCUGACUGGGAACUAGCCUUUGCCAAGGCUAAACUUUCCCUCAAGGAGAAACACUAUAAGGAGUUUGCGGAGGCUUUGCGUGAGUUUAAGGGUGACAAGGAUGGGGCUCGAGCGGCAGAGGAGACGGCAGGGGAGCUGGAGGACAUCAAACGUAGACUGGAGCAUGAACGCCAUGAACAGGAGGCCAAGAUGAAGAAAGAACAACAAGAGUUUGAGCGUGAUGAGCAGCGCCGUAUGGAGCAGCAGAUGGCAGAGUACGCCCAGCAGUUGGAGACGGAGACCCGCCAGGAGAAGGAGAAACAUGAGCGCAACCUCGAGGCACUUAAUAAACGCAAGGAAGACCUCAUCAAGGAGAGGAGGAGCAAAACAAAGGAGGAGGUAGAGCGAAUGAAGGCUGCAGGAGCCAGCGACCAAGACCAGCGUGAACUACUGGAGCAGCAUGAACGCGACCUGCAGAACCUCAUCAACAAGAUCGACGCAGACAAAAUGCGCAUGCAGAGCACACUUCAGGAGCGCAUCAAGAAGAAGAAGGAGGACAGACUUCGCCAGAAACAAAAAGAUCUGUUUAGCAAUGCAGAAGAGAACAGACGUGAACUAGAGCAGAAACAAGCAAGCCAGAUACACAGGAUGAAGGCUGAUGAGGCCCUUACUUUGAAUGAGGCCCUAAACAUUGACACAGCCAAUGCCCGUCUGGAGUCCCGAGAGAGGCCUUCCUCGCCUGCUGAAUCCUUACGCCCAUCCACUGUUGAAGAUGAGCGGCCUACCACCCAGCCCGAGCUCCCAGCCUCAUACAACAUGGCUGCCCCUCUGAAUGACGCAGAACUUGUGGCCCUACUAAUGGCGAGCCCACUGUACCAGAAACUGGAGAGCAUUAAGACCCAGAUAGAGAAGGGAGCACACAAGGGUGACGGAAAGGACAAGACUGAAGGAGAGGUAUUCCAGGACACAAAAGAUCAGGAGUGGACCAGUGAUUCCAAACUUGAACCUGUGGACUUGAACAGGCUUGAUUCCCGCAAGUUUAUCGUGUACAAGUUUGGAUGUUUUGUCACCGAACUGGUGGCCGCUCACUGCCAGCAUGCCCCUGUCACCCUGCUGCUGGCUGAUAAGAUCCCGCCCAAUGAGAGGCUUAGGAACAAUGCCUACCGCAACUCCUUCUAUUUCGACGCCAACAACAGUAUCCUGUACCUGCGCACAGCUCGGCUGGAGACUGUCGGAGAGUUUGUUGUAGUCCUCAUGCACACCUUGGCUCACAUCAAGGCUGGUGACUUGAGGAAUGACCACAAUCCGAACUUUGUGAAGGAAUAUCAUCGCGCCCUGGCAGUUGUCUGUGACGACCUGUUCUUUGCCCGAUUCAGGCGUAACACUCAAGGAACAAUCAAGAAUGAGCCAUCAUCGCUGGAGGGUGGUGUGAAGCUCCUACAGCAGAUGUUUGGUCAGUGCCACACAGAAGACGAGAAGAUUAAGAUGGUGGAUGACCUACUUGACGUCAAACUGCUGCCUUCAACCACCGCUGAGGGCAUACACUUUAACACCCAGAGACUCAAAGAGAGGUUGAGUCGCUACUCUAGUUUCUCAAUGACCAACAAGCUGCACACAAUGUUAGGCAGUAUGGAGGAUAAGGUACACCAGUCGAAGACCCAAGGGACGACACACAAUGUCGACCAAUCACUCCUCACCCUUGCCAACAAAUACUCUCCACCCGGUACAACUCCUCUGAACAGGAAGUUGCCUCUGCGCUUUAUGACAGCCAACAUGACAGGUCAUGCUCUCUGGCAGACAUUCGCAAACCAUGCAGAGCUGGAGGAACCAGACACUGGCGCCAUGCCUGAUCCUGUAUCCCCAGAAGACAAGUAUGAUGAGCUGUGUGCUGACUUCUCCGAUGUGAACAAAUCAAUCCUUGACCUCCAGGCCCAGGUUCAACAGCUCACAGACGAGGUCACAGCCCAGACAGAGGCUGCAGAGAGAUCAAGGUCGGGCAAGAAAAGUCAGCCACAAGCGUCAAGGUCGGACAUCAUCGGGCAAGCCAAUGAGAAGCUUGCUCAGCUGCGGGCGGAGCUAACCAAGCUGGAGAUGGAGAAAUCCCAGAUCAUGGCUCACAUGGACAAAGUGCAGCAGUAGACUGACAAACUAACAAACUUACAAGUGAAAUAUAAAACAUGAACUGACUGAAAAAAGCUAGUGUUACUUCUUUUACAUUUCUAUUUACUCCUUCAAGCAUUUUAUAAGAAAGUGUUGUUUUUAGAAAGAAACAUUGACUCAAUUUAGGGCAAGGCAGUUUUUGUUUGUUUUUAAUGACAAUGAGGCUGAUUAUAAAGAAUUUGAUUGUAACAUAAACAUUCCAUUGCACCUGUUGUCUGUCUAUGCUGUAUGUACUAACUGUCUUUAUUGUGUAUGAUGAUUCUCAGAUGACUGGGAAGAACUAAGCUGAUCUAUGCAACUUUUGUUUAACACCUGAUCUGUCUCAGUGUUUCUUUGUUUUUAUACUGUACUUACUCAUGACAUAUUGUGUUGUUGAUAGUGCACUGUGUCCACAAGAUGUUGUAAAUGUUUCCAACUCAAUACACUAAUAUAAAACUAUUCAGUUGACCUGAAUGCAUUUAAAGAAAAUUCUGCAUUUAUUUAUGUUAAAGUUUAUUUAUUUUGAUAUACAUUUAUUUAUUUAUUAUUCAGUUUAGAUAUUUCCGUCCAAAGUUUAUAUAUUUUCAAAUGGUAAUAUUUUUUUAUCAAAUCUGUGAUAUGAGUGUCUGUUGAUUUUGUAAGUGUGUUAAUUCUAAUUUUCUAAAAAUGAAAAAUGAUUUAAACUGCAGUGGUUAUGAUAUUGUUGUGAAUGUGUUGUAGAGUAAAUGUCCCCUCUUGUCAGAUAUAUUUCAUUUCUGGAAUAAUGAACUGUGAUUUCACAAACAUCAGAUAAAUCAUUCAAUUCCUUCUUCUGAUCUUUAUAUAACAUACCUUGUUAACAGUUUCUUUACUCCUCUCAACAAAACCUAACAGUUAACAAAAUGUUUUCAACUUACAAUAUCUAUGCAAACUUAACAGAAAAACAAACUACUUAAAUGAAAGUGACAGUGUAUGAAACUAGAGAAGCCCAUAUUUUCAAUAUUUCUUAUUUCAAGUAAUUUGGUUGUAACAUCUGAUUUUGUAUAAAAUUUUGGUAUAAAAUCUCAUCGAACAAUAAAGAUUUUUGCUUCUGA